AUGUCACCACAGCGUGAAACCCACCUCUCUCAAUAUAUCUUCGGCCUCCAAGCAGCGCCUCUCUUGGCCAGCGGUGUCUACAGUCUGCUAUGGCCCGCGGCAGCUGCCGGCCUCCCGAAUUCACCCUUGAAGGGGGUGAGUCCUGGUACCAUCCAGGCAAUGAGGUCGGUCUCAGGCCUACACCAGAUAGGAUUGAUGCUCACUAGCUACAGCCUGACCUCGCUGUCCCUGGGGACCUUCUACGCUAUUGCAUCGUACCAGAACAACAUCCCAAUGAUGAUCGCCUCUGUGCCGGGGCGGUUGCUGGCGGCGAUCGUUUUCCGACGCAGCGGCGGGGGAUGGGCGAGCGUGGCGCCCUUUGAGGGCUUGAUGGGUAUUGUUACUGCGAUCGGAGUGUAUUGGAGUGUGUAA